UAUUGUUGGCGGGAAACGCGACAGCCAAUCAGCGCCACCGGGAUGUUGACGUAAUGGAACUACCAUGGCGGCAGACAAGCUUCCACUUGCUGGGUAAAGUGGGGUCAAACUGGCGAUCGUAGUCGACCUGGUGCGCCCACCGGGGCUUUCUCGGUCCUAGCAGGUUGUUGGAAGGGACAACAACGCCGAGAAAAAGUUACAAAGCGUCGGGUCGUGGAGAGAGCUCGACCGGAGGGAUUUCGAAUCACGUGAUGUGACGGGCCGUGGCAUGGCGGCACAUGGGAGUCCAACCGGGGGAAAUGCUAAGCUCGAUGCCUUCCUGCGACGCAGCUUCGACCCACGGCAGUACGACAGGGUGCUGGCCACGCACAAGUGUAUCGUGGACAAGAACUUCAGUUUUGUCAUCCUGACAGAUGACUGUGUGUACUUGACGGAGAAUCCUCCACGUGUCAUCCAGCCAGCUGUGCAGCUGAAAGACAUUGUAUCAAUCAGACUGAUCAAUGACUUUCCUGACUUCCUGGGAGGGGAUCAACAGGCAGAGACUCAGCACAUCUGCAUACGCCAUGGCGCCCAGCCUCGCACGCCGUCCCUCCCUCCCAGUCCAUCCACGCCAAUGAGGAGUCCGCACCAGCUCUCCGUCCCGGACCCCUUCGAUACGACGGAGAAUUCACCCUCUCAGAAGAAGGAGAAGAAAGCGCGUCGGACGUCGUCCAAACUCAGCGUCAGUUUCAACGAAGCGUCCUUGCAGGCGGCAAAACGGGAGUCAGAGGGAGACGUCCCGAAGAAGGCCAAACUCUCCCACUCCCUGCCGACGUCUCAGCUCAGGAAUCUAACUUUAGAGAAGGAGGAGAUCGAGCAGCAGCAGAGAAGAGUGGGUUCAGCCGGGCGAGACUCACGCCCGCUCCCCAACCCUCCCCCUAGUCCAAACAACACUAAAAAUAGCAAUAAAACAAAAAGACCCUUGCCCUUACCCCUGGGGCUUGACAAGGGAGACGGUAGACUGAAACCCCCUGGUCGGAGAGGCAGCUCAUCAAAAAACUCUGAAGCAGCGUCAGCGUCCAAUACGGGAUCUUUGCGGUCGCUGGGGUCAGACUCAUCUGACGGAUCUGAGGACUGGGAUUCCUGGGAUGAAGAGCUCCACCUGUACAUGCUGUCUGCAGACUCUCCUAUGCUGAUGCAGCUGCGCUCGGCAUGGAAUGCCCAUCUCAUUCAUGCCACCAACAACCUGAAUGAAGACAGCCCCCAGGGUACACCCACAGCAGCAGGAACUGGCAGCAAGCAGCUGGAGCUGCUGUUUCAGCAGUUGAAGCGAGAGCUGUUGGGAGAUGACAGUGGGAUAGAGCUGGUGUUCAGUCUGUUACAGGAGCUCAACACGGCCGCACAAAGAUACUUCACGCUCAAGAAACUGUUCUGGAAGUCAGGGGACUUGUUUCAGUUCCUGAUUAAACAGCUGCAGAAGUACCUGCCCGGCACCACGCCCAUGACACAUGGACAGAGGAACAACAGGGCCGACGAGUUAGAGUUGUCCAUUCAGGUUGCAGAGACCCUGUGCACCAUGUUCAGGGGUACGACUGUGCUGCCUUCACGGGUUGUUGUUCUCAAUUCAACCAGGGGGAAACACGUGCGUAACCUGUUUGAGAUGCUGGUGUGUAGUCCCGGGGGGAUCCGAGCACGCAGCCCUCGCACUCAGGCCCUCAGAACCUCCCUCAACAUCCAACACCCAGAGGACCCAGAGGUCCAGAGCCUGAUUCGGCACUACUCUGAAGUAGCCACGUCUGUCCUGUUUGAAAUCAUCCUCAUCGCCCACGAGGCUGGAUCAGCAGAUAGUGACAGUAACAUGCUGAACUUGACCUGGGUCUUGCUGGUGUUGGAGAACAUGCAACAGUCUGUGAGCUUCAUCAAUGUGCUAGUUGCGAGUGCAAUGAGGCUCCUGUCUCCGUCCACCCCCCUCCCCCUCUCCCCAUCCCAGGCCAUCCUGGUCUUCCAGCAGUUCUACCUUCUCAGCACCUUCAUCCAGUACGGCUCCACUCUUGCCAACCACAUCAGGGACAACUUCACCGAGGAGUUCAGGUACUUCAUCACUUGGCCGGUGGUUCAAGAAAAGUUGCCCAUGUAUUACCCCAUCAGCAGACUUGCCCAAAAGCUGAUACGACAGGUCACCAUAUUUGUGCAGCAGAAACGUCACUAGGGGCUUGCCUAUGGCAUGAGAUGGCAUGUAAUCCCGCCUAACCUCAAGGCUCUAUAGUUUACCAAUGAAGUUAGUUAUAACAUGUUCAGAUAUAACCACCCUGCUCCAAGAAUGGUGUGUUCCUCUUCGGCUGUUUGUGUCCCAUAUUUGCUGAAUGGAACACAACAUCCCAAGAAAUGGAGGAGGGAGGAAUAGCCUCUGGUGCCCAGAUGUGAAAAAGGGUUGUUGACCAUGGACGCAACAUGUCAUAAAGACAAUGCUUUUCCCCCCUUGAGACACUGUGUUGCCAUCCAAACACCCAUGAUGUUGCAGACAUACAGAUCAAACCAUUCACGAACAGGGAUGUUGCAGAAGACAAGCAAAAUAA